GAACCAUCUUUGUACAAUGUCAAAGCAAUUAUCAUAAUGGACAACGAUGGUAGAAGACUUGUUGCCAAAUAUUACCAACAACCUUUUCCAAGUAUUAAGGAGGAAAAACUAUUUGAAAAAAAUCUCUUCUCAAAGACUCACAGAACUAAUGGUGAAAUUAUAAUGUUGGACUUCUUCACUUGCGUCUACAGAAGCAGUGUUGAUUUAUAUUUCUAUGUUAUUGGUAGUUUACAGGAAAAUGAACUCAUUUUAGUUAGUGUCCUAAACUGUCUUUUUGAUUCUUUAAAUCAUAUGUUGAGGAAGAAUGUUGAAAAGAGAACUUUGGUAGAAAAUCUUGAUGCUGUCUUUCAAACUCUGGAUGAAAUCUGUGACAAUGGCAUAAUUCUGGAGUCUGACCCAAUGGUGGUCGCUCAGCGAGUGUCGGUGAGGUCAGAAGAUCUUCCACUUGGAGAACAAACAGUUGCUUCAGUAUUGCAGUCAGCAAAGGAACAGAUUAAAUGGUCAUUGCUUAAAUAG